UUUACCUCGUUACAGCUUUGCUUGUGAUGGGAUGUGGAGCCCAGAUUGAGCGCCAUAUUUUUACCAGGUUAUUUUGGCAUCAUGAAACGAUAAGAACUUGAACGACUUCAGUUGUUCACCUGCUUCGCGAUAUGUCUGCAGCGAUGCCCAGCACCACUACCAACAAGCUGAAUGUAUUGGUCAACAAGCUGCACGAGUUCUUGGCUCAUUCCACUGUUGAGGACAGCAAUGGCGCACGAGCCUCAGAGGAUGCUGAUGGUCUGUCAAACCGGAGCUGUUCCUUGGGACACUCAGCAGGUCAUACUGCAGCAGAGGCAGGAGUGGAUACCAGAUACUCAAGGAGAAAACCCUCUGUUGUCAUAAAGCACUCUGGACUGGAUGAAUCUGGCGAUUCAAACGCAAGUGAGGACUUGGAUUUACCAGUCAAUGCAAAUGGUCACCUUGAUAUCACUAGACUGCCUAAAGGCACUGUAUUGGUCAGGCCUGAACCUGUUGAUAAUGGAAGAGAUGACUUCAGGGGUCCUGAGUUUCGCAGCCGGAAAUCCAGCGUACUGCGGAAAGAGUUCUCGAGAAGACGUGGAGGAGUCGAACACAUGGGAAUUGUCAGUUGCACCGCAUGUGGCCGACAGGUUAACCACUUCCAGAGGGAUUCCUUCUACCGGCAUCCAGUUCUGAAAGUACUUAUUUGCAAGUCCUGCUACAAGUAUUACUCAAGUGACGACAUCAGCAAGGAUGGAGAUGGAAUGGAUGAGCAGUGCAGAUGGUGUGCUGAAGGAGGCAACUUGAUCUGCUGUGACUUCUGUAGUAAUGCCUUCUGCAAGAAGUGUAUUCUAAGAAAUUUGGGAAGGAAGGAGCUUUCUGGCAUCUUAGAGAGCAAGUGGUACUGCUACGUGUGCAGCCCGGAGCCCCUUUUCGACCUGGUGAUGGCUUGUGACAAUGUCCUCGAGAAUAUGGCGCGUCUGUGGCAUCAGCAGCGCAGGAGGAAUCGAGCGGACCCCGGAAAAUCUGGACUUUAUGACAUGUUGCCGCACUUGCAACAAAACAUUCCCUUGGAUAAAUGGGAUCACACUGGCAUGGAUGGUAAUGUGGUGUUCAACUAUAACACGCUGCAGACAUCCAAGGACAUGACCAAAAAGGCCAAGCAUUUAGUGGACUCAACGAACACCUUAAACCGAACAUUUAUCAGUUUCAUCCGGACUGUGACAACAAACAAACAAACACCCGGUGUUCGACAUCUGUAUCUGAAAUCUUUUUUGACAGUAGUUAAAGGCUUGCGAAAAUCGCUUGCCGUACUUGAAGAUAGCCUUAAGGAGGAAUUCAGUGACUUGGAUGUAUUAAACUGUUGGGAAAAGUUUCUUAGUGAUGACUUUGACACACAACCUGUAACAGAUGCAGAGCUGGAUAUCUCUGAUGAAAGGUGUUUGAGUGCCUUGCAGAAAUUGGCAGCUGAACAUUUGGAAGAUGAUGAUUCCGACUCCAAGGGCUUCAUAGAUGGGCGAAGUACACGCGACUGCCCUGGAGAGGAUUUGGAUUCAGAUUCACAUGAAGCCAGACAGAGGACACAAAAGAUUGGGCUCAAGCCUUCUGAAACAGGGGUCAGCAUGACCAAAAAACUAGUUGUAAAACUUACCCCUGUACCUAUGGAGCAGGAGCCAUCCACUCAUGACCGGAAGAUGGAGGAAGACAUUCAGAUGAAGGAUAAAAAACCAGAGGGUAAAGAUGUAUCAGAAGAUAAAGAGACAGCUGACAGCAAAAUGAGCAAUGACAACUCUAGCGCAUCUCUACACCCAGAAGAGGAACAAGGCAAUAGACGGUCUCCUCGCGUGAAGACGACACCUUUGCGGCGACCAAGUGAUGUCAAGGCCAAAACAUCUCUCUCAGCGGCUGACAGUGACAGCGACUCUGACCCUGAGGAAACCCCCAGCACAGUACCAGCCAAAAAGACUGAAGAACAAAGUCUAAGCAGAGCAAGAGACGACUCUGACUCAGAUGAAGUCCCUGCAGCUCUGCUUGAGCGAGCAGCCAUGACUCAAAGCUCUGAUGAACCCCAGAGCGAUGAGGAUGGUGGGAAAGCGUCGACUAAGGUGGCCAAGAAAUGUCUCUUUUGGCUCACUAAGAACACCCCCAUCUCACCGGAGAAGAUGCGCCGCAAACGCAAAAUGCUGGACAGCUCUCCUGAGUCAAACUCUAGUGACAGGAGAGUCAAAGCUCGAAGGGGAAGUGGGACAGAUUCGUCGAGUGAUGAUCAAGGCUCGCAGAAAAAAAGACAACACUUGAAUACACUGAGGUCAAUAGGGAAGCCUCACCUCAUCAAAAGAGAGGAGGAGGGUGUGGCUAGAAAGCAGGGUAGGAUACAGGCUGGGAAGUCGAAGGCUAAAUCUCGUCAGGAAGCGAUAGAGUCGUCAUCCUCAUCGAGUGAAGAUGAACAUGAUGUCGACUCUGGGAGUGAUGGAAGUGAUCAGAAGAUGAAGCCAAUCACUGAAGAUGUGGCCUUACUGGGGGCAGCAGCAUUCCACCAGUCAUCAGGAGAUGAGGAACAAUCUGGGCCCUCGUGGGCAGCAGAAGAAGAUGAUGAUCCAGAAAAUAGAAUCGCUAAGAAAAUGCUAUUGGCCCAAAUCAAAGCCAACUACUCCUCGGGCGAUGAUAUCUCUUCGGAUGAGGAAACACAGGAGGGUGAAUCGGAGUCGGAGGGUGACAAGGGAGUCAAACAAGGCAAUGAGGAUAAUGGAGCAGAUGAAAAUGGGGAAGACUUGGCCUCAGAUUCAUCUGACACCACGUGUGAUGGGCCCACCUCAAGGCACCAUCUUCUUCGCCAUAAACUCACCUUAGAUGAGGGAACAUCAAGUGACAAGGCUACAGCAGAGAGUGAAGGAGGGAAACGGGAGAGCAAGAAAAGAGACCGCAAGAAACUCCUGAGCUCUGAUAGUGAAAACGAUGGUGAGAGUAUAGAGACGAACCUGGAGGACCUUGGACUGAGCGAGGAGCUGAGUCAAUCAGAGGAUGAGACAAAUGAAGAAAAGCUCAAAAGUUUAUACACUAAAGGGGAGGAAGCACGCUGUAGUUCUGAACAGAAGAAUCAAGUGGCCUGCAUUUGGUUGUCUGACUCCAGCAGUGAAAAGAGUGAUCAAGAGGAUGGAGAUGAGGAGAAUGACAUUAAAGGCACUCCCAAAGGACGCAAAAAAAUCCGCAAAAUCAUUGAAGACGUGGAUCUCCGUGCUGAGACGCAGGAGGCGCUGAGAGAGGAGGAGGAGAGAUGCCAGCGGCUGGCAAAUAGGGAUCAACAGAUGGAGGACAGGAGAGAGGUAAUUGUUAUAGAGGAUGUGACGUGUCCCAUCACCACCAAGCUGGUCCUGGAUCAGGAUGACGAGACCAAGGAGCCUCUUGUCCAGGUGCACAGGAACCUGGUGACAAGACUGAAGCCUCACCAGGUGGACGGUGUGCAGUUUAUUUGGGACAGUUGUUGUGAGUCUGUGAAGAAGGCCAACUCUUCUUCAGGAUCAGGCUGCAUACUGGCACACUGCAUGGGCCUGGGGAAGACUCUGCAGGUGGUGACGUUCCUCCACACGGUGCUGCUAUCAAAAAACCUGAAAUUCAGAACAGCCCUGGUCGUGUGUCCGCUUAAUACUAUCCUCAACUGGGUCCACGAGUUCAAAAAAUGGCAAGACAACAUGGGAGAAGAUAAAAUCAAGGUCACAGAACUGGCUACAGUAAAGCAACCUCUUGAACGAUUCAGAGCUCUGCAGAGGUGGCAGAGAGACGGAGGGGUCAUGAUAAUGGGAUAUGAGAUGUACCGCAUCCAGUCACAGGCCAAGAAAGUCAGCGAGGAGUGGAAGACAACGCUGAAGAGCAUACUGGUGGAUCCAGGUCCAGACUUUGUGGUCUGUGACGAGGGGCACAUCCUGCGCAACGACGCAUCCAACAUCUCCAAAGCUAUGAAUGCCAUCAAGACCCGACGGAGAGUGGUGCUUACUGGCACACCACUGCAAAACAACCUGGUUGAGUAUCACUGCAUGGUCAGUUUCAUCAAGAGGAAUCUUCUGGGCUCAUUGGGUGAAUUCCGAAACCGCUUCAUCAACCCCAUACAGAACGGUCAGUGUGCUGACUCCACGCCAAAAGACGUCCGAAUCAUGAAGAAGCGAGCACAUGUACUUCACUCGGUGCUGGCUGGAUGUGUGCAGAGAAGAGAUUACUCUGAGUUGACUCAGUUUCUACCUCCCAAACAUGAGUAUGUGGUGGCAGUGAGGGUCUCCCCACUUCAGUUUAAGUUAUACCGCUACUACCUUGACCAUGUCACUGGUGUGGGUCCCAUUACCAACAGAGCAAAGAUGAAGGUUGGAGCAAACUUGUUCAAGGACUUUCAGGUGCUCAGCCGAAUUUGGACUCAUCCCUGGUGCCUUCAGCUCAGCUACGUCAGCAGAGAAUCCAAGCAGGGACAUUUUGAAAAGAAGAAUCGAGUUAAAGAGGCAGCUCUGCUGAGAAAUGAAGAAGCCGCUGUAGCUGAGAGUGGACUGAGAAACAAUGAUGGAACAGAAGGGAACAACCGCAGCAACAGUACAGUGGUUGUCGCUGAUGGGCCUAAAGGUGCUCUGGCAGUGGAAGGAGAGAAAGCCACCAAUAGCUCAAGGUCUCAGAGUCCCAAUGAAGGCUGGUACAAGAGCUUCCUCUCUGAGGGUGAUGCCAAAAUCCUGGAGCACUCGGGGAAGAUGGUGCUCUUGUUUGAGAUACUCAAAAUGGCCGAAGACCUGGACGACAAAGUGCUUGUGUUCAGUCAGUCCUUGAUCUCGUUAGACCUAAUUGAGAAUUUCCUCGAGGCUUCUCACCACGCCAGAGACCCAUCAUCAUUCAAAGCUGGUAGCUGGAUUAAAAACGUUGAUUACUUUCGUCUCGAUGGCUCCACCAGCGCUAUGCUAAGGAAGAAAUGGGCAGAUCAGUUCAACAAUGCUACCAAUGCCCGUGGAAGAUUGUUUCUCAUCUCAACGAGAGCCGGCUCACUCGGCAUCAACCUCGUGGCUGCCAACAGGGUCAUCAUCUUUGACGCCUCGUGGAAUCCCUCAUAUGACAUACAAAGCAUAUACAGGGUGUACCGCUUCGGUCAGCUCAAACAGGUGUUUGUGUACCGCUUCUUGGCUCAGGGCACCAUGGAGGAGAAGAUCUACGACCGUCAGGUGACUAAGCAGUCUUUGUCCUAUCGAGUGGUGGAUCAGCAGCAGAUUGAGAGGCACUUCACUCUUUUUGAACUCACCGAACUUUACACGUUCGAGCCAGACCUGCUGAACGACCCGAACUCUAAGAAAAGCAAGAGAAACACCUCUGUUUUGCCGAAGGAUGUGGUCCUGGCACAGCUGUUACAGACCUGUAAAGACCAGAUAGUGUCAUACCACGAGCAUGAAUCUCUGCUGGACCAUAAACAAGAGGAGGAGCUCAGUGAAGCGGAACGCAAAGCUGCCUGGGACGAGUACGAGGCUGAGUCAAACACAGCCAACCCUUCAGUCAGUGUGAACCAGGACACCUUGGACACAAAGACCAAUGAACAGCUCUUGGACUUGCUCAACAAGUGCAGAGCAAAUGUAUCAUCGGCCUUCGUGUCGCUGCAGAAGAUGAGGUCUCACACUAUUGAGGACCACAUGUUACACAUGCGGCAACAGUUUCCUUACCUGCCUGAGGAGCAGAUCAGGACCAGGGCUGAGAUGUACAGACUGUAUGAAGAAAAGGAGAGGGAACGUAGACAGGCCCUUUACCGAGACGUUCUUGCACAGCAACAAUCACUCACGCUCAGCAUUCAGGCCAUACUCAACAAUCGAAGAAACCAAGCGACGACCACGACCACUGUGAACCAGCCUGGACAGGCUUGAACACGUAAAAGAAAGCGAUGCCUUUGUUCCCCCACACUUCAUAUGGACCUUAUUUCAUCUCUGCUGCACCAGUGGAUUGAAUGUAUGAUUUACCAAUAUGGUAAGAAAAGAGUUCACUGAGCGCCCAGAAUGUUUAAACAACAUAACAGCAGCACAUUAUCAGAUGUUAUAGAAGUAUUUCUUUUCUGUAGCAUUUCAAGUGUCACAUUAUAGCAACAUUCAGGUGCACUGGCAGUUUUUGUUUUGUAUCACUUGUAGCACUUUAACCUGCACAAGAUAUGUAGUUAAAUGGUAUCUGAUAAGAUCUUCUUCAGCUGCUGCUUCAUACCAAAAAUAAUAUUGUGUGGAUCAGGAUGUUUAUUUCGACACUGAAAGUCUACUAUACAUGCCUUACUAUUUACGCCUAAUAAUGUAUGUGUUCAUUUUGAAUUUUGUUUAACAUUUUAUAUGUUUGUUACCUGUUAUAAUUCUGUAAUAAAUUAACAAAGUAA